AUGGCUCUUAUUAUAACUUUUUCAUCACGUCGUAUCUUUCUGUGUGCUAUUGACACAGUUUCUAGAGUAUUUGAAGAGGGAGACGCUUAUGUCGAAGAAGCGACGACGUCCGAUACGCAAAGGAAGGAGCGUUUUGAAAGUGACCAUCACGAUUCUUCCUCAGAGGAUGGAGAUGCGAUAGCAGAUAUGCCACUGGGUAAAGCCAUAAAGCUAAAAGAAAAGCUUGGAGUACGUCUUUUUAAUAAAGCCUUCUUUGGCUCUUCCUCUACAGAUAAAACGCAACCCUAUAAGCCGCGUACAUUCAAACGGGAUAACCCAAAACGUCCUCGGGAAAUAUCCUCAAAAAAGCGUGUUCCAAAGUUCCGCAAUAUAUUGGGAAACGAAAAGAUAAAUAAGAAUAUUAAGUACGACCCACGAUUUGAUGAACGUUGUGGUGCUUUUGAUGAAUUUCUAUACAGAGCUAAUUACAGUUUCUUAGAUGAUAUAAGACGGGAAGAGAAAAAGGUAUGGUUUUUAUUGUUCUUCGAAGAUUUCAGGACGCUAGCAGAGUCUGAUCGGCGCAAAGAAGUUAUUCGUGAGUUACGUCGGGAAAAUAAUGAAAGGCUACGACAAGGACUGAAGCCAGUAUUUAAGACGAGAGCUCAAAUCAGAAGAAGAGUUCUUGAGAAGAAGUUUGGAGAAUUAAAGAAAAGUAAUAAAUUAAACAGGUAUAUGCAACGGCGGGCGGAGCAAAAAAAGUUUGUUUUGAGAGAUUGUAUCAUAUUAUGCUUAGUUUACGGGUUUGUGGAGUUUUAA